CACCCACUAAAGCACAAAACAAGAAUGGAUAAGUUUGUAACAAGAAGCAGAGCUCCCGUUGAAGAACAAGAAGUUGAAUUGGGCAACCUUCCUGCAGAUCCCGGGUUGCGAAUUCCAAUUUCAGAUUAUCAUCCCAAUCUCAAAGAUAAGGUAAGAAGAGCUUAUUUACAGAAAGGAGCAUGUCAACCAUCUCAUAAUUUUAAGAAACGUAAAAUUGAGAAUUUGUUACGACGUUUCAAUCUUAAUUGGUUCAAUGAAUAUAAAUUGUGGUUGGAGUAUAGUGUAGAAAAAGAAGCUGCGUUUUGCCUGUAUUGUUAUCUUUUUAAGUCUGAUAAUAAACAAAGUGGGGAUGCUUUUGUUAAAGAGGGUUUUGAUGCUUGGAACAAAAAAGAGAGAUUAGAUUUGCACGUAGGAGGUCCUAACAGUGGACAUAAUCAAGCCCGGAGAAAAUGUGAAGAUUUGAUGAAACAAAAUCAGCAUAUAGAUGUGACAUUAAAUAGGCAUUCAGAGCAGAUUAAAAAUGAAUAUCGAAUUCGUUUGGGUGCUUCAGUUGAUUGUCUCCGUUUUCUUUUAAGACAAGGUAUUGCUUUACGUGGUCAUGAUGAAUCUGAUGGAUCAAUAAAUCAAGGAAAUUUUCUUGAAAUAUUAAAAUUUCUGGCUGCACAUAAUAAGGAAAUUGAUGGAGUUGUUGGGAAAAAUGCUCCUGGCAAUCUUAAGAUAUCGUCUCCAGACAUUCAACAUGACAUUGUCAAUGCUUCUGCGGUAGAAACUCUUAAUUAUAUUAUUCAUGAUUUAGGAGAUGAUUUGUUUGCUAUUUUGAUUGAUGAAUCACGUGAUAUAUCAGUGAAAGAACAAAUGAUUGUUAUCUUGAGGUAUGUUGAUAAAAGAGGUCAUGUAAUUGAGAGAUUUAUUGGUAUUGCACAUGUUCCCAAUACAAAUGCUGCGUCACUUAAAGUAUGCAUUGAUUCAUUGUUUGCCAAGCAUGGAUUGAGUAUAUCCAGGAUAAGGGGACAAGGCUACGAUGGGGCGAGUAACAUGAGGGGGGAGUUUAAUGGCUUAAAAAGUUUAAUUAUGAGAGAAAAUGAAUCAGCUCAUUACAUCCAUUGUUUUGCUCACCAACUCCAACUCACAUUAGUUGCUAUUGCUAAAAAUAAUGUUCAUGUUGGGAGCCUCUUUAACAUGAUUGCAAAUUUAGUGAAUGUUGUUGGAGCUUCUUGUAAGCGUCGAGAUAUACUUCGAGAUCGUCAAGCUAUUCAUAUAUAUGAAGCAUUAGCAAUUGGAGAACUUGCAAGUGGACAUGGAUUAAAUCAGGAAACAACUCUGAAAAGAGCCGGAGAUACACGAUGGGGCUCACAUUAUGGUACACUUCUAUCUCUUAUUAAUAUGUUUGAAUCUGUUAUUGAUGUUCUUGAUACUAUUGUUGAUGAUGGCCCGAGUUCUGAACAAAGAGCUGAAGCCUCUGCUUUGUUGGAGUUUGUACAAUCUUUUGAUUUUGUUUAUAGUUUGCACUUAAUGAAGAAUGUUUUGGGCAUUACAAAUGAAUUAUCGAUUUCGUUGCAAAGAAAAGACCAGGAUAUUGUGAAUGCAAUGAAAUUAGUGAAAUUAUCAAAGUUAAGGAUACAAAUGCUAAGGGAUGAUGGCUGGGAUGAUUUAUUAGCAGAAGUUUCUAUGUUCUGUGAGAAAUUUAAUAUCAUUUGCCCAAACAUGGAAGAUAAUUUUCAAAUGAAAGGACGUUCUCGACGUAAAGUGCACCAGGUUACAAAUAUACAUUAUUAUAAGGUGGAAUUCUUUUAUGGUGUUUUGGAUAUGCAACUUCAAGAGCUCAACACUCGUUUUAAUGAAUCUAACAUGGAACUACUGCUUUGUAUGUCCUGUUUGAGUCCAAAUGAUGCAUUUGCUGCUUUUGACAAGAAAAAAUUAAUUCGGCUGGCUCAAUUUUAUCCAAACGACUUCUCCUCAGUAGAGCUUAUGAUGUUGGGAAACCAGUUGGGUACUUAUAUUUUUGAUAUGCGGUCUGACAAUGAAUUUUUAAUUUUAAAUGGGAUCGCUGUUCUUGCAGAAAAGUUAGUUCAAACAAAGAAGGACAUGGUAUAUCCUUUGAUCUACUUACUUAUAAAAUUGGCACUGAUAUUACCAGUUUCUACUGCAAGUGUUGAAAGAGCAUUCUCUGCAAUGAAGAUUGUGAAAAGUAGGCUAAGGAAUCGGAUGGGAGAUCAGCUGCUGAAUGAUAGUCUCGUUACAUAUAUUGAAAAAGCAGUGUUCGAUGGUGUGCUAAAUGAAUCAAUUAUCCAGCGGUUUCAGCAUAUGAAAAAUCGUCGAGGACAACUAUGAAACUGUAAGUACAUAUGAUUAGUUACUUCUUUGUAAAAAUAUGUUAAAACAUUCAAUUGAUUCAAAGAAUGAUCUUGUGGAGCAAAUUUUGACCCCUUCUUUUUCGCAAUUUAAACUAUAUGGCCCACAUAAAUAAGCUCUUGGGCCUUGCAAAGUGCAAACAUUCCUCCUCUAUCAGUAGCAUUGUUUUCUCUUGUCUCUGUCUCUGUCGUUGAUGUUCUCCGGCCGGGUAACGCUUUUCUCCGUAAAAUUGGCAGAUUAAUAAAUAUGAAAAUACUAUCAUGUACGAGUAAGGGAACCACAGGUAGGGCUGUAAAAUGAUCCGGGUGAUCCCGGGUACCCCUCUGCUCAAGUACCGGAUCAUAUUAUUUUUAGCUUGUCCAGAUUUGGGUCCGGGAUCGUUUUAUUCGGAUCUAAACCGAUCCCGGGUAUUUGAGAUUCGGAUCUGAACCGGAUAUGAUCCAGUAUCGUAUUUUCUAUUUUUUAACCGGGUAGUUUAUGAUCCAUCGAAUAUGAGCCGGAUAUGAUCCACUAACACUAAGUAUCAUUAUUAUUUCAUUUGUUCAAAUAACUAUCAUUAGUCUAAGUAAACAUAAUAUUAUAAAGUAUAAUAAUUUUAAAUUAAAACUUAUAGUUAUAUAUUGAUAUAUAUCAUUUAUUAAAUAUAUAUGAAGAUAAUAAGUAUGAUCACAUUAAAUAAAUCAUAUUUUAUGAAGAUAUAAACUUAAAUAAGAUAUUAAAAUUUUAUAAAAUGAUAACUAUUUACUUGCAAAUAUGAUGGUGUUAAAAUAUAAUAUGUAUAUGAGUUUGAAUCGAAUAUGAACCGCGGAUCAUAUUCGGUUAUUCGGGUAGGAUCAUAUUAUGAAAAGUUAUAUGAGCCCGAAUCUGAGCGGGUAUAGGUGUGCUCGUAUCCGGGAUCAUAUAUUAUACGGGCUUAAUUUUUCCGCCAGAUUUGGAUCGUUUUCAAAACGAAUAUGAGACAUGUAUCAUAUUUUCGAGCCGGAUAUGAGCCGAGACACCGGAUAGUCCGUAUCGAUUUACAGCCCUAACCACAGGGGUCUGGAUAUUAGAGCCCUAACCUCGAAAAAAUAAUAUAUAUUUUAUUUA